AGCAUAAAAUGUAACAGAAAACCAUUUCGAGCUCGUAGAAAUCCAAGCUUCCUUGGAACUGCCCGUGUUGAGGGUGUGCCACGCCACGUUUUUGGGGGCUGGGCUGGGUGUGGACAGCCCUGCUCCAGGAGAAGGACCUUGUGGAACCACCAGCCACCAGCAUGGCUGAGCGCAUGCACACCGUGGAGGUCUUUGAGGGCGUCCGCUUGCCAGGCUUCAUAUGUACACCGGAGUCCCUGCAGACAGCCUGUUCCUUCCAGUUCCAGGACUCAGAUGUCCUCCUGGUGACGUUCCCCAAGUCAGGCACUACAUGGGUGCAGCAGGUGCUGAGCCUGAUCUUCUGCGAGGGCCACCUGUGGCCCGUCCUGCACCUCCCCAACUGGAGCCGCGUACCCUGGAUGGAGCAAGUCUCCUUCAGCCACCUCCUCAGCCAGCUGGACCCCACCCGGCCUCGUCUGCUCACCACCCACCUUCGUGCCACAGCCCUGGCCCCAGCUCUGAGGAAGUCCAAGACCCGGGUGGUGUACGUAGCUCGGAAUCCCAAAGAUGUGCUCGUUUCCUUCUACCACUUCCACCGAGUCGCCAACUUCCUGCCAGACCCCAGCUCCUUCGAGGACUUCCUAGAUGAGUUUCUCAAGGGCACAGGCUUCUUUGGAUCCUGGUUUGACCAUGUAAAAGGCUGGCUGGGUCUCCAGCAGGACCUGAAUAUGCUUCUCAUCACCUACGAGGAGCUGCACCAGGACCUUCGUGGCACCAUCCGGAAGCUCAGCAACUUCCUGCAGCACCCGCUGGGGCCGGCCGAGGAGGACCUCAUCCUGGAGCACUGCAGUUUCUCCUUCAUGAGCCAGAGCAGCGUGGUCAACUACAGCCUGGUGUCCACGCAUAUCAUGGACCAGAGCCGGGGCAAGUUCCUGCGGAAAGGUGUGGUGGGGGACUGGAGGGAGCACUUCACUCCGGAGCAGGAUGAGAAGUUCAACGCUGUCUACCAGGCCAAGAUGAAAGACUCCGGCCUUCAGUUCCCCUGGACCAUAGGCUGACAUAUCUGACCCACUCACCCUGCUCUCACUGGCCCAGCCUGUGACCCGUACCGGGCUAUGUCCCUGGUCUGACAAUAAAAAUCGU